UAUUCUAAUAGAAAACGAGAGAUUCUAAUCAAUUUAAUCGGAGAAUUUGAUAAUUUGAUCAAAUCUGAUGAGUUUCUAACAAUUAAGAUUAGAAUAAUUAAGAUUUUCUCUUUCUCUCUCUUACUCUUGUUUACUUUUGUCUCUUUCUCUUUCCACUCAAGUCUUUAUGUCUAUUCAGUUACACAUGAGUUAAUCUCUUUUUCUGGUUUGUCAUCAUCUCUUUUUUGUCUUUAAUUGUUUAGAAUGUUUCAUUUUUGUUCCACAAUUAAAUGUAGCAAAUAGUUACAAUUACCAAUUUACAAUUAGUUCUAAUUUCCAUCCAAUCACCAGUUAAUUGUGUUAUUGUUUUUCUAUGUUUGAAACCAUUGAAAGGGAUCAUCAACUCAUCUUCACUUUUCCACCAUAACCAAAUAGUGUUUGUUUCUUGUUGUUAAACAACAUUUUCUUUUUGUGUAUCAUCAUCAUCAUCAUUUAAAGUAGAGACCCACCCGAAAAUAUAAAGUGUUUAUCUCUUUCAAUCGGAUUAACUUGGAUCAGCAAUUUUUUGUGUUUAAUCUUCAUUUUUAAGUAAUCACAUUAUCUCUGAUUAUUUGUUACCUUGUUUCCUGCUCUCUCUGUCAUCAAAACCACCAUCAAGUUGACACUUUUUGGUCCAUUGAAAGUGUCCAUUGGUAACUUAGCUCAUCUAAAUCCCAUUCUUAUUCCAAAUUCCAUUGUUUUUUUGUUCUUUUUUCCUUGUGUUUUGUUUUCUUCAUCUCGGUGAAUUUGUGAUUUUAUAGCCUCCACUUAUCGUUUCCUAAUCGAACCAGAAUCUAAAUUGUAUUCCAGUGAACCCAAUUACAUGAUAAAAGUACCAGAUGAAACCAGGGGAAUAGAUUAUUGUAUUUAGAAUCUGGUAGAUAGAUUGACACAACAUUUAUAUCAUUUAUCCAUAUUUUUCAUGCGUAAAUUCAUCUAUUAAUUGAUAUCAUCUCAAAAUUAAUCUCUGUUCAGUUUGCCUGAAAGAAGAAGAGAUUAGAAAUUUAAUUUGAGUGGAGAAGAAAAAAAAACUCAUUGGAAUUGUUGUCGUUGUUUUUUUCUCUUCAUCUUUUCUUGUCUCUGUCUUGAAUAUAUUCCAGUUAAUUGUCCAAUUGUUUACGCUUCAUUUUUGACAAUUUCCAAUCAUCAAUUCAUUUUAAUCAGUUAAUCUUCAUCAUUUCCAUUCAUCAUCAUCUUCCUAUUCGAAUGACAAAAAGCCUUUCAAUCUAAUGGGAGAGCCACAUUUCUACAAGUUUGGUGAACACGGUUCUGGAUUCAGAGCUCCUAAUUCAGAUGCUAUUCAAGAUUUUAAUCAACUACGUGAAUUCUGUCAACAAAAUGGUCAACUGUUUGAGGAUAAAUCGUUUCCAGCUAUUGGAUCAUCUCUUUACUUUUCAAGUAAAGAAGGAAAUAAAUUCAAAUGGAUGAGACCCAAGGAACUUGUUGAUGAUCCUAAAUUCAUCGUUGAAGGAGCAUCUCGUUUCGAUGUCUGUCAAGGUGAACUCGGAGAUUGUUGGCUUCUUGCAUCCAUUGCCAAUCUAACUCUCAAUGAUAAACUCUUCAAACGAGUUGUCCCUCAUGACCAAACCUUUGGAUCUGAUUACGCAGGAAUAUUUCACUUCCGUUUCUGGCAAUAUGGUAAAUGGAUUGAUAUCUGUGUUGACGAUCGACUACCUACAAUCAAUGGAAAACUUGUCCUCAUGCAUUCUAAGGAUAGGAAUGAAUUUUGGAGUGCACUUCUCGAAAAAGCUUAUGCAAAAUUACAUGGAAGCUAUGAAGCUCUUAAAGGAGGAACGGUUACUGAAGCAAUGACCGAUUUCACUGGUGGUCUUACGGAAUUUUAUGAGAUUCAGACUGAUGAAUGUCCGUCCAAUUUGCUACAAAUCAUGCUCAAGGCUUUCCAGAGAUCUUCUUUCAUGGGUUGUUCAAUAGAUGCACUUGAUUCAUCAAUGAUGGAAUCAGAAUUGCCAAAUGGACUAAUCAAAGGACAUGCCUAUUCGAUUACUGCUGUGAGAUGUGUUGAGCUAAAAACAGCGAGAGUUCAAGGAAAAAUUCCCUUGAUUCGUAUUCGGAAUCCAUGGGGAAAUGAGGCUGAAUGGAAAGGUGCUUGGGGUGACGGGUCUCGAGAGUGGACAUUGGUUUCUGAGUCCGAGAAAAAAAGCCUCGAGUUAAACUUUGAACAUGAUGGUGAAUUUUGGAUGACUUUCGAUGAUUUCAAGUCCAAUUUCACUAAACUUGAAAUUUGUCAUCUCACUCCUGAACCAGUUGCUGAUGGUCCCAAAAUAUUUUGGAAUGAAGUGCAAUUCGAGGGUGAAUGGGUAGCUGGUGUUACUGCUGGUGGCUGUCGAAAUAAUCUUCAAACCUUCGCCAGUAAUCCUCAGUAUAUAAUCGAGCUGAAAGAUCACGAUGAAGGUGAUGAGGAUGAUCUUUGUACCCUAAUUGUUGGUCUCAUGCAGAAAAAUCGUAGAGCCAAACGUAAAAUGGGUCUUGAUUCAUUGACUAUCGGUUUCGCCGUUUACGCUAUCAAAGAUGGACUUUUCUCUUAUGGAGAUGAACCAGCCGCAACUCGUGGUUAUGCACGUCGUCAAUUGCUGCCAACAGAAUUCUUCAAAUACAAUGCAUCAGUUGCAAAAUCACCCACUUUCAUUAAUCUAAGAGAGGUUUCAUCGCGAAUGAGACUCCCACCAGGUCAAUAUUGUAUAAUCCCGUCCACGUUUGAUGCAAAUGAAGAAGGUGAAUUCAUUUUAAGAAUCUUCACCGAACGGCCACCAACAACCGCUGAAGAAAAUGACGAUGAAGUUGGAUACUGUCCAGAAGAUAUCGACCAACAAAAUACUAUCAUCAUUGAUGAAUCAAGGGAUAAAGUUGCCGAAGAAGAUAUUGUUCGUCGUGAAGUUAAACCACCUUCACCAGGUCCAGGCCAAAAUAUUCUCGGUGGUCAAGAUAUGACUCGUUAUAUUGAAAUUUUCGGAACUGUGAUGACCGGUCUUCGUUUUGUAUUAACAAAUUGUGUUCAAACUGAAGAGACUAAAGAUCCAAUGCAACAGACUCAAGGGACGAAAGUGCUAUCAACUAAAACAGCCGAUUUCUUUACUCGAAUCGCUGGUGAAGAUAUGGAAGUCGAUGCUGCUGAAUUACAGGAAAUACUUAACCAUGCACUUAAGAAAGAGUUCAAAUUUGAUGGUUUCUCCUUGGAUACAUGUCGAUCUAUGAUCGCUUUGUUGGACGAUGAUAGAUCAGGUAAACUUGGCUUGGAUGAAUUUACAUCUCUUUGGACCAAAAUUAGACAUUGGUGUGAUGUCUUUAAACAACAUGACAAGGAUUUAAGUGGAACCAUCAAUACGGCUGAACUACGCUCGGCUCUACAUGAGACUGGUCUAUCUGUGAAUAGACAAAUAUUAAUUCUGAUUGUUCAUCGUUAUGGUGAUAUUUAUGGCAAGAAACAUGACCAAUCAGUUAAACAUGAAAGAUAUUUAACUUUUGACAACUUUAUUCAUGUUUGUUUGAAACUCAAACAUAGUAUUGAACUUUGGAAUGAUCAGAAUACAAAAUCGUCUCAAACAAUAUCCAAAUCAUCCUCAGGCGCUUCAUUUACGCUGGAUGAGUGGGUUGAGAGAGUCAUGUAUUGCUAAUGACGAUGACACUUUCUCAGGAAGAGAAUGUAAAUCAAUUCGAAUGCCCAAAAAUGGAACUUCUAUCAUGAUAUCUGCUUGAAUUCAUCUCUUAUUCUUUCCUUUUCGCUAAACUCUUAUACUCGCCAAAAUUGAUAUAUAAUUCGUGUUAUGGACUGGAAAACAAAUAUUAUUAAUUAUACGUGGAAAUUUGCAAUCAAAGGCCUGUUUUAAUCAUCAUUAAAUUAACCCGCAAUCAUGCAUCAUGUAUUUGUAUUAUCUUUUCAAAUUGGCAACGUAAAAAUUGAAACUCAUCUGUCCAAAAUGUCCAAAUUAAAUGAUUAUGGUUCAUGGGCAUCAGCUUUAUAUUCAUGAAACAACAACAAAAAUAUUCUUGCUUUCCAACCAAUAUAUUACCUCCUUGUGUGCUCGAUGUUUACCUUAAAUUUUGACAAAAGUUAUCAUGCUGAACUUUACCUGAGAUUGAUGAAAAAAAAAUGAAUUACUGUCCCUAAAUAUUUACGAUUCAAGAAAAAAAAAACUAAAAUCAAAACAAUCAAGAAACUUUUUCAAAAGUUGUAACUCUUGAGCUCUUAAAUUCAGCUUUGCCUAUUUAAAUGCUCAUUUAUAAAAAAAAGUAUUAUCCCAACUCACUAAUUGUUGUUUACUAUUACAUCACAAACAAUAGUUAAUUAGUUAAGUUGAAUUUGUAUCAAUCAAGUUAUCAUUUGUAAACUUUACGACUUACGCUUUAUUGGCCUGGUACUAAGAAGACGGAAAUAGGAAUGGACUUGAUUUCCGUUGUUUUCAAAGAGGUAAAACUGAUUAAAUAAAAUGUUUUUGGAAAAAUUA